UAAAACCCCAAAUGUCCAGUCAAGACUCAAGACUCAAGAAGUAUAAGAGGAACAAGAAGACACAACUCACCCGAACACACAAAAUGGGACAUUCCAACACUCAUGAUCUUGAUGAUGUCAUCACUGACCCUUCUGCUACUGAGUCAGACUCUUCUGCCACCAAGACCGAUUCCGGAAUCGAACAUGGAAACGACGACGUCUCAUCUCCGCCCUCUGAUUCAUGCCCCUUUUCCAUUGGAGAGAAGGUCCUCGUUUAUCACAACACUCGCAUUUACGACGCCAAGGUGAUCAAGACUCAAUGCAAGAAUGAAUGGAGGAUUUUCAUUCAUUACCUUGGCUGGAGCAAAACUUGGGAUGAGUGGGUACGCCUGGACCGUUUACUGAAAUACACUGAAGAGAAUUUGGAGAAACAGAAGCUCAUUAUAAAGGAAGAGGGAACAGACAAGAAUCCAAAGCCAUCACAAACAUCACAGACUAAACUAAAAAGUCAUAAUGGGAAAAGAGGCAGGAAGAGAAAGAACGACUCUGUUGUUAAGGGUGCUAUACGCAUGGACGAACUUGUGAUUCAAAUGCCACAUCCUUUAAGGAAACAAUUAGUUGAUGAUUGUGAAUCAGUUACUCUUCUAGGCAAGCUUGUUAAACUUCCCCGCACUCCAAAUGUUGAUGACAUACUGAAGAAGUAUCUAGAAUACAGAUCAAAGACUGAUGACUUGAAAGAUCAUCCAGUUGAAGAAAUUGUGAAAGGACUAUGUUGCUACUUUGACAAUGCACUGCCAGUGAUGCUUCUGUACAAAAAUGAGCGUCCGCAGUAUGAGAAAGCAAUUGCAGAUAAUGUCUCUCCUUCAUCUGUAUAUGGUGCUGAGCAUCUAUUACGCCUCUUUGUUAAACUGCCCAAGUUAUUGCUUGAUGCUAAUAUUGAAGAGGAGACUUUGGAAGAGCUGCUGCGAAUAUUAGUCGACUUUCUUGAGUUCCUACAUACGAACCAGAGUGCAUUCUUCCUCUCUUCCUACCAUGUACCAGAAGAUACUGAAAUCAGUACCAACAAACAAGAGGACUGAGCAGGGACAUAUUUGCAAGAAAUUGUACAUAAUACUGUAGAACUGCAGCUGUUGUGUGAUGUCUUGGCACCGUUUUGAACUUUCCCCAGCUCCAAAAGCAGGUGACUGUUAAUGUGCUUGUCGCCGUAUUCGCUGUGUAUGUAACAUAUGUUUUCAACAUACCAUAUGCCUUUUGUAAAACUUCUCUAGUAAGAAUAUCACCGACGGUGGAAGUUGCACCUUUUGUUCUAGUUCUAAGUUGCAACCAUCUCAGACUAUAACUUAAAUUGGGAUCAAAGUUUCACAACUUGAUGG